CGGCUUCACAUCACAACAAACAUGGCGGCGGGAGAGCAGACGCCGAACAUCCGGUAAAACCUCCGGUAAAGCAACCAGUAAAACAUCCAGUAAAACCGGUUUAAUUAGCAGGUUUUUACUCUCUGAAAGAUACGCUUCGGUCUCAGGAUGGAUUCUGCGCUGUUUUCAGAGGAGCUGUCGGAGAGGAAAGUGUGUGUCGUGGGCUCGGAGCUGGUGGAAAACUACACGGUUUACAUCAUCGACGUCACAGACGGACGGCACCGAUGGACGGUGAAGCAUCGCUACAGCGACUUCCAUGACCUCCAUGAGAAGCUGGCGGCGGAGAAGAAGGUCGACCGCCGGCUUUUACCCCCCAAGAAGAUUCUGGGGAAGAACUCCAAGAGUCUGGUGGAGCGAAGACAGAAGGAGCUGGAGCUUUAUCUGCAGACGCUGCUGCUGCAGUUCCCUCAGGCCACGCCCACAGCGCUCGCCUGCUUCCUGCACUUCCACCUCUACGAGAUCAAUGGCAUCACAGCAGCUCUGGCUGAAGAGUUGUUCCAUAAAGGUGAGCAGCUGCUACAGGCCGGGGAGGUCUUCUGUCUCCGUCCUCUGCAGCUCUACUCCGUCUCCCAGCAGCUCCGGCUGGCCAAACCCACCUGCUGCAAUGGAGACGCCCGGACCGACCUGGGACACAUCCUGGACUUCACCUGCAGGCUGCGCUACCUCAAGAUCUGCGGCUCCAGAGGUCUGGUGGGAAGCAGCAACAUCCAGGAGAGCAGCCUCCCCUUCGACCUGUCCGUCUUCAAGUCCCUGCUGCAUAUCCAGAUCAGUGACUGCAGCUCAGAGCAGAUUGAAGGUUUGUCGACCCUCAGGACGAGUUUGGAGACGAUGAACGUCCACCAAAGUACACAAUCCAUGAUGUCAGUUCUGGUCCCGGAGGCAGCUGAGUUCCCCCAGUGGGAGCCUGAGGGGGCGGAGUCUGUGUGUCCUGUCACGGCAUUGGUCCCAGUGUGGCGUCAGCUGACCACCCUGGACCUGAGUCACAAUGGCAUCAGCUGCAUUGACACCUCUGUGAGGUUGAUUCCGAAGGUGGAGUUCCUGGAUCUGAGCUCAAACCAGCUGUUCUCGGUGGAGAACCUGCAGCACCUGUACAACCUGGUCCACGUGGAUCUGUCCUACAACAACCUGCAGGUUGUGGAAGCUGCUCACACCCGCCUGGGAAACAUCAAGACCCUGAACCUGGCUGGAAACCAGCUGCAGAACCUCAGUGGACUCUCCAAGCUGUACUCUCUGGUCAACCUGGACCUCAGCCAAAACCAGCUGGACCAGCUGGAGGAGAUCAGGAACAUCGGUUCUCUGCCCUGCCUGGAGAAGCUCAGCCUGGCCGCUAACCCCAUGUGCAUCAUCCCUGACUACAGAACCAAAGUCCUGGCCCAGUUUGGAGACCGAGCAGCUGAGGUGUGUCUGGACAGCAGAGUGACCACAGAGAAGGAGCUGGACACCGUGGAGGUUCUCAAAGCCAUCCAGAAGGCCAAAGAGGUCAAACACCGGAUGAGCAGCGGAGACAAGAAGAUCAGUGAGGACGCCAGACCUCCUGCUGCUCCUCUCCUCUGCUCCUCCUCUUCCUCUCUGUCCUCCUCUGCUCCUCCUGCCUCCUCCUCCACCUCCUCCUCCUGUCCGACCCAGCAGACUUCCUGCCAAGAAGUGACCAGCCCAGUAGAUGCCGCCGCCCCCCCCACCGUUCUCCUCCCUGUGGAUGCUACAACCCCUCCUGCUAGCUUCAACCUCCUCCACCUGUCUGCUGGUCCCGCCCAGGUCCAGCAGUCGGCCGUCAGUCUGUCUGAACUCCGUGGAGCUUCCACUGAUGUUCCUGCUGCUGGUAUCACUGUCUGCUCCACCUGCUCCUCCUCCUCCUCCUCCUCCAGACCGGUCCACAUCACCUGUUCCUCCUGCAGCGCCCCCUGGUGUCCGCUGCUUCCUGCUCACCUGCUGCUGCUCUCCGCCUCCAACCAGGACUUCGUUACCCAGCUGUCCCAGCGGCUUGGCUCCGCCCACAGGAAGCAGAGGCUGGAGGAGGAGGUCGAGGAGGAGGUGGAGGAGGAGGAGAAGCCUGGAUCUGGAGAGCUUCUUCAGCCUGCUGGGGAUGGAACGGAGCUGGACAGUCUCAGUCCCGGCUCCAGGGACGGCUACUUUGAGAUGGGUCUGGGCGACUCCCUGGAGGAGGUGUUCUGCUCGUCCUCCAUCAGCCUGCAGGGGGCGCCCAGCAAGGAGCAGCAGCAGCAGCAGCAGCAGCAGGAGGAGGAGCAGGAGGAGGAGGAGGAGGAGGAGGAGGAGGAGGAGGUGAGGGUCAGCAGGGUUCUGUGGUGUUGCUGUGUUGUGACGGAACCUCAGGAGGAGCUGAAGCAGAGGGAGGCCUGUCUGGUUCUGACCCAACACCUGCUGGGCCUGGUCUUCCUGUCACCUGACUCCACGGGGACCAAUCAGGAUGCAGAGCAGAACCAGAGCGGGUCCAUGGAGGAGGUUCUGUCCAGGCUUCAGGUGGGCCUCCUGGUUCCGUACUCUCAGCUCCAGCUCUCCUCUCCAGACCAGCUUCCAGACUCCUGCCUGGGCUUCGGGCUCCGAGCCGGGUCGACCCACUGGUACAUCUUCUCUGAGGCCCAGCAGCUUCGGCAGACCAGAACCGAGCUGACGGCGCUGAUCCAGGUCCAGACCGUAAAGGUCCAGUCCAACCCGGAGCUCCCUCAGCUGAUCCCUCCCUCCCUGAUCAGCUCCUGGGAGCUGGAGGAGAGUCGUGGAGCUCAGGGAGGGUUUGCCGCCCACCUGCUCACCUCCUCAGCCCCCAGCGCUCACCUGGUCCUGUCCCAGGUCUCACCUAGAGGGCCGCCGGUCCUCCUCUUCCUGACCCGCCAACACUUCUGGGUUCUGGAGAUGGACCUGAGGCAGCUGGCGGAGAAAGAGAGGACCGGCUCGGACCUGAGUGGGGCCUCCUGGUGCCGGCUGGUCCGGCUGCCCCUCGGUUCUGUGGUUCUUCACCCCUCAGAGAGAGAAUCUGAGCUCAGAACCAGGACCUGCCCCGACCCACAACACCUGCACAGGAGGCGCCACUGUGUGGAUCUGCUGCUGGCUGAUCAGAGGCUGCUGCUGCUCUUCCCUCUGGCCCAGGACCGGAGCUCCUUCCUUGGGGAGCUGAGCCAGAGGAGAGCCUCUCUGGAGGGGCUGAAGGUGGUGGCUCUGCCCCGACCCUGCAGGAGCUGCCACCAGCAGGGUUACCUGUCAACAGGACGUUCCAGACGUUGUUCCAGCAGCAGGAGGUCCAACAGCUGCAGCAGCUGGAACUCCUCCCAUCUCCAGGUGGAGGAGAACCAUCCGUACCCCCACCUCCUGCCGGGUCUCUCCCCAGGGCUGAAGCUCCUGGCCGGGCUGGGAGGGCAGCAGCUGCUCGGCUACUUCCACAGAUUCAUCGCUCUGUCUGAGUUGGAGGAUCUGAAGCAGGUUCUGUGGCUGUCGGUGGUUCUUUAUAAAUCUCCAGAAGCUGAACUCACCUGCUGCCUUCUGCUGUCUACCGACCACAUCUACUUCCUGCUGGAAGACUCCGCCUCCACGCUGACGCAUCACUCAGUCCUGGAGGUCUCUGAUGCUGGAGGUCCAGACUCCAUCCUGGUCUGCUGUCUGUCCAUCAGUCUGUCUGAGCUGCUGGCGGUGAACGUGGGUCUGUUCGACCAAUACUUCAGAGUUGUAGGUGGAUCAGCCGAUCACAUCGUCUGCUGCCUCAGCAGGGACAGUUAUGGAACCGGAGUCUUCCUGCAGGAGCUGAUGGCAACGCUGAGCCUCCAGCAGCAGCUUCCUCCUCCAGAGCCCUCCGACCAGGACUUCUACUCCCAGUUCACCCACACCUGCUCAGGUAAGAUGCAGAACUACGAGCUGGUCCACAGCAGCCAGGUGAAGUUCAUCUACCCCAGCGAGGAGGAGAUGGGAGACCUGACCUUCAUCGUGGCAGAGAGGAAGACUCCGGCCAGCUGCUCCAGGUCCUUCAACGUCCUACUCUACCUGCUGGUCUUCCAGGUUCAGGUUCCGUCCAGUCAGAGUUCUGGUCCAUCUGCCAUCCUCCAGCCCAGAACUCUGAUCCUCACCAGCACCGACAUCUUCCUGCUGGACGAGGACUACGUCAGCUACCCGCUGCCAGACUUCGCCAAAGAGCCUCCAUCCAGGGAGCGCUACCAGCUACGUGAAGCCCGGCGGAUCCGGGACCUGGACCGGGUCCUGCUGGGGUACCAGACCUACCCUCAGGCUCUGACACUGGUGUUCGACGACCUGCCCGGACCCGACCUGCUCUGCCACCUCACCAUGGACCACUUCGCCGCCGCCGGGGAGGAGGCUCUGCCCAGAGGGGGCGCAGAGGGCGAGGUCCAAUGGUGCGUCUUCGUGCCUGGAGCCGACAGCAGAGAGAGGCUGAUCUCGCUGCUGGCCCGCCAGUGGGAGGCGCUCUGCAGCCGUGAGCUGCCCGUGGAGCUCACCGGCUGAUUGGCUGGUUGGAGGGUCCUAUGACGGAACGUGGAGUCGGGGUUGGUUGGCUUAACGGCCUCGGUAUGUUUUAAACUGUCACAUGUUCUCCAGGUGUUUCUGUUUCACCUGCAGCUCCACAGGAAGUUCAUGUGUCCAGAACCAAGAAUAAGGUUUGAAGUAAACUGUCCUUUAGAACGUCUGGAUGAAGGUCCACCAGGAAGCUGCGUUGUCAACAUCUGGAGGUUUUAACACUCCGUUGAAUAAUCACAACACGGUGACCAGAGGAAGUGGAAACCAGACAGCAGCUACACAAAAUAACUGCAACUACAAUCAGAACUACCCGAAAGACACAAAACAACCACAAAGAGACACAAAAUGACCACAGAGAGAACUUUUUCAUUCUCUCUGUGGUGAAGGUCUCUGUCAUGGUGCCCAUUGCUGCUAAACUCCCACAAUGCUCUCUGCUUUAACUUCCUCUGGUCUCUACAGGAUUAAACACGAAGAGGCUCCACCUGGUGGAACAACCAGGAACUACAGCUGGCAUCAGGACCUUCUUCUUCUGACUUAUUAACGCGCUUUGAAUGGGUUACCUGCUAAUAGAACUGGUUCCUUUCUUACUGCACUAUUCUAAUGAGCACACACCUUUAUAAAACAGAACUGUUCCGAUGGUUUUAUUAGAAACAUAUUGAGGCCUUUAGUCGACCUUCUGAAGACCACUUCAUGGAUCUACUGACACAUCAUUCUGCUGCUCUGGAGGUUCCUGAAAGGCUGCAACUUUUCUCUUUAGGGCGAACAGAACACAGGAUAUCUGGAGAAUUUAGAACUUCCCACUUAACAUCAGGGCUCCUCCAGAGUCCUCCAGAGAGAAGAUGAUGUUGGAGAACCUCCCCUAAAAUUCUCAGAGCCAACAUUUGUCUCAGCACCACUUGUUUGAAAGUCACUGAGUUUGAAGUGUGGAUCUUUCAUCUUGACCCUCUUGGACCUGGGCUGAUGAUGACACUCAUGGACCUUCUUGGACCUGGAUAGAUGAUGAUGAUGUGCAUACAGGUAGAAAUCAUGACUUUACAAACUGGCAGCAAUCAGGCUCCACCCACAGAUUGUGUCUCCUGAAGAAACUGGACCUUCUUGUGAAGAAGCUCCUCACAUGCAGCAGAUGUCCUGUUUGCUAGCAGACAGACUGGUGUUGACCAGCAGGGGACGCUGCAGUCAGUCCACAGGGUUCUACUGGACCUAAAUCAACGUUACCUUCAAGAAACGGCUCUGGAGAAACAUGUCUCAGAUCAGUUUCACCUCCAGACGACGUGUCGCUGUUAGCCUAGCUUAGCACAAACACUGGGAUCAGAGGGAAAGUAUUAGCCUCUGGAUCUUUGUGUCUCCAAAGUUUUUUUUGAUUUGUUUGCUGUUAUUUAUAUGAAGUUGCUUUAAAACCAAAAAUCUCUGGUGAGGAAACCCAACCUGAACGCUUUAUUUCUCGCACAUUGUACCUGAUGGAGCAGUAUUAUUAUUAUUAUUGUUGUUAUUAUUAUUGUUAUUAUUAUUAUUGAUUUUUUUAGCCGACUGUACAUUGAAGCUUUUCAUUAAUAUGAUAUUAAUAUAAUUGUUGCUUCUGGACGGAUGGAUGUUUUCCAUCCCGGAGCUGAUUUUCUACUAAACAUCUUGAUAAUGUUUCUGAAAUCUCAUAUCCAGUAUUAUCAUGGAGCGUUUAUCUUUUUUAAUAUUUUCUUUCUUUUGUUCAGUUUUUGUACGUUAUUGUCGACAGGAGGCCGGUCUGUUCUCCACCUCUGUUCUGUACAUCCUGUUAAAGGGGAAUGCCACUGAAUUAAAGUGAAAAUAAAACCUCGA